UUAUCUCUUGUUGGAUUCGCCAAUAUCUCUACUAAAUUGUUAUAUACUGUAACGCCACACCCGCGCGCGGCAAGUGUUUCUGUCGGCAUUUGACGCGAUGGCUUUACGCUCACAACUCCUGCGCAUCGUAAACAAUGGACAACAAAUACGCUACCUUCACGAGUUGAAUUCAAAGGAGCGCGCAGGAGUGGAAAAACUUCGUGAUGUGUUAGGAGAUAGACUGAAAGAGAUCAAACGAGCAAAGACGUGGAAGCAUGAACGGAUCAUUACCUCUCCCCAAGACAGAACGGUGACAGUUAAAGGUGCUGAAGGAGAAUUCCUGAACUUCUGCGCAAAUAAUUACUUAGGUUUAUCGAAUCACCCUGAAGUGGUAACAGCUGCUCAAGAAAGUUUGAGCAAGUAUGGAGCUGGCCUUAGUUCGGUGCGUUUUAUUUGUGGAACGCAAAGUUUACAUAAGGAAUUAGAAGACCGGUUGACUAAAUUCCAUCAACGCGAAGACACGAUCUUAUAUGGGUCCUGUUUUGAUGCAAACGCUGGGCUAUUUGAGGCGAUGUUAACCCCCGAAGAUGCAGUAUUUUCAGAUGCAUUGAACCAUGCCUCUAUCAUCGACGGCAUUCGACUUUGUAAGGCCCAGAAGUUCCGGUACCCACAUCGGGAUCUCAGUGAAUUGGAACAUUUGCUCGCGCACUCCGAAGCUCGUAUAAAGCUGAUAGUGACUGAUGGAGUGUUUUCGAUGGACGGGAACGUGGCACCGGUGAAGGGUCUGAGGGAUUUGGCAGACCGGUACCGAGCCCUCUUAGCUAUUGAUGAUAGUCAUGCUACGGGAUUCUUUGGAGCUACUGGCAGGGGAACAGAAGAGUUCUGUGGUCUUAUGGGUGCUGCUGACAUCAUCUGUUCAACCCUGGGUAAAGCCGUGAGUGGAGCUGCAGGGGGCUACACCACCGGUCCCAAAGAACUCAUCACUUUACUGAGAAAUGUUUCGAGACCAUAUCUGUUCUCCAAUGCACCGCCGCCACCUGUCGUUGGGGCUUCUUUGAAGGCUCUUGACAUAGUAGAACGUAGCAACGAACUCCGUGAGCGGCUGCAUCAGAACACCAAGGCCUUCCGCGAGGGUAUGCAGGCUGCGGGUCUGACGGUAGCUGGUGAUGGCCAUCCCAUCUGCCCCGUUAUGGUUGGAGAAGCUCCGUUGGCUGUAGAGCUCGCUUCUGGGAUGUUAGUUAAAGGUGUCUACGUGGUAGCAUUCAGUUACCCAGUAGUACCGAAAGGGCAGGCGCGAGUACGGGUGCAAAUAAGCGCUGCCCACACUGAAGAAGACAUUAAAAAGGCAGUUGACGCAUUCGCGGAGGUCGGAACUAAGAUCGGGCUUAUCAAGAAAUAAUUACGUUCAAGACUGGAUCCACUGCCUUUUAAGGGUCAAUUUAUGUUUACUAAACGGAAAACGAAAAUACAACAAAUUGUUGAAAUAUACUUAAAAAACUUCAAACUUAGCCCUUGUGUCAAACACAAACAAAAGAUUCUAUGUUAGAGCAGGAUUUCAAGAUUGCACGAGAAUUUAUAAUAUCCUAGUAAAUUUGGAGGGUAUUUUGUUUAUAUUUUUCAUUCCGUUAGUUAAUGUAAGUUGAGCCUUAUGUAUACAAUGCUUAUUCUAAUAUUCUAUUGUAGUAAAAUUAUUGCCGUCGAAAAUACAACUGAUAAAAUUGUUAUUUGAUCUAAUAGUAUAAUCAAAUAUAUAACCGCCAUAAUAUAUUGUACGUCAAAAUACAAAAAAUAUAGUACAUGACAAGAUAGAUUUUCAAAUCAAUUUUAUGUUUACGUCAGAGUCUUAAGGUAACUUAGCGCGAACUAUGUGUCCUUUAUGUCAUAAUUCAUUUUGACGUGCUAGAGUACUGCCAUAUGUUAACUAUCAUUGGGUUUGACAUACGGUAGUUAUAAUUAGGUUACUUAGCGCUAAGUUGAGAUGGCUCUGGGAACUUGGAGUUAUAUGCCUUUAAAGUAACCAAGUACGUGCGAAUAUUAUUUCGACGCUAAUAAAAUGUCGCCAUUUUGGCAAGACAGAUAAGAAAAUAUUUUCAGAAUUAGCAUUGUUGUAACACGUAUAACUAUGGAGAUAAAUACUUAACUGCUAUGUAAAUAAAUGUUAUUUUUA